AUGUGGCCCUGCUCUCAGGGCUUCGCUCUGACCGUCUGUCAAAUGCGAGAGCCGGGCCUUGGGGCAGAGUGCGGGCAAAAGCCCACACUGGGGACUCAAUUAAACAUCGCUGGCACCCUCCCUGCCACUAGAGGCCCCAGAGGAAUGCCCGUUCAAGCUGAGCUUGGAGGCGUCCUACAAGCACACAACAUAGGCAGCCGGCCCGGUGCUGGUCUGGCGGACACAGGAGGUGGCCCUUGCGGCCCUGGCUGGGCUGUCCCAACCCCCUGGGAGCAGGGUGCGGGCGGAACACAGGCCACCUGCCGGCCCCACCCAGGCUUCUCCAAGCCCAACCCCUCAGAGCCCGAGAAGGAGGGCAGUGUGCCGGUGGGCGAGGUCCCAGUGCACCUACUGCGUAACGUUAUUCCAGAAUCCAGCCUCCUCUCCACCUACUAUGUGCCCAGGGAGUGGGCAGAAGGGUCCCAGGAGGAAGCUGGGGGAAGCCGUCUAGAGGGAAAAACUGGGCCCAGAGAGGGUGGGUGGCGGGCCCCAGGUCACACAGCAAGCCAGGCAUGCAGGUGUGGCUGCCAGGCCCAUGCCCGUCGGCCCCAGCCCCCUCUCGGCCUGCGGACUGUGUCGCAAGGCUACACCUGCUCAUCCAAGUGCCAGGGACAGGCUAAGCUCUCCUCCUGUCACUGGCUUGUCACCUGCACACACACAUACCGGCCCGGCCUGACCAGGUGGAAACUGCAGCCUGGGAAGCCCCCAGUGCAGGUCUGUGCCCACAGCGCCAGGUCAGAUGGAAGGUACGGGAUUCUCCGCCGGCCGGGCACCUUCUGCGCCUCGGUGCUGGAAACUCAAGGCUCCGUCGCCACAGAGAUGGCUGGCAGUAAACAGAGCCCCGAGCCCAGUGUGCUUCGGGGCCCCCUGGGGGAAAACGCCCCCUGCCUGGAGCCCUGGACAGCCCGGCCAGCUCCAGCCCAGCACCCCUACCCCAGUCGCCAAGGGGGAAGUGAUCAGCGGGUGGUGGGGAGCCCCCCCAGUGUGGGAGCGGCGCUCUGGGGUUACGCCCUGGCCCUGCUGGGGAGGAGGGGGUGGGCGCUGACUGUGUGCCCGGGCCUGGAUGGACAGCACCCUCCCUCUGCGGCCCACCAAGCUCUCCCGCCUGCCAGCCAGCGCGGGCAGUGCUUCCUGGGCCCCGCAAAGGCCUGGGCCCUGGGGUACACCGCCUGCCUCCCCGCGCUGCUCAGCCCCCUGCCUGCUCCUAGGCCUGGGGCUGGGGGAGGGGGCUGGGUCCCGGACCAGGGCGGCAGGGAGGGCGCCGGAUCCCACCAGUUCUCCCCCUGCUCGGCCCGGGCUCCGACUUCGCACGUGGUGGUGGCGCCGGGCGGGGGCAGGAAGCGGCCCCCUCCCCCGCUGGCCGCAGCGCUCGGCCCCCGCCCGGCCCGCGGGCCCCCGCCGCGCCGCCCGCGCGGGGGGGUCCUACCUCCUUCCCGGGGCAGCGGCGAGGGGGCCCGGCCCCGGCGGCGGCGGUGGCGGCGGCUGCGGCUGGGCUGGCUCCCUCCGAGGGGCCGGGAGGCGGCAGUGAGCCUGGCCCCGCGCCACCCCCCGCCGCCGGCGGCCAAUCCCCACCCGGGCUGGGGGGAGGGCGAUGCAAAUUACCCCGGAUCUGGGUCCGCCCGCCUCCCCCACGCCCGGGCCCGGCCUGCACUAGGCCGCGCAUCCCCGGGCUUGCCUGCGUCGCGCGGCCGCCCGGGCCGCCGCCCUCCCCGGGGAGCGCCGGGCGGGGGCCCCCCCGAGGCGGGGGGCCGAGGGGAGGGGGGCUGGGGACGGUUACACAACCAGGCGGGGAGGGGCCCCGAGGCGGGGAGGGGGCCGGCCCGCGGGCCGCGCAGCCGGAAGCCGGGGACCGCCACCGGCCCCCGGCGAGGGGAGCCCGGCUCCAGGCCCCGCCCCCAUGCCGGCCGGGCCCGCCCCCGAGGCGCGCCGCGCCAGCCUCCCGCGCCCAUUGGCUGGCCGUCCCGCCGCUCACCGCCCCUCCUCCGCACCGCCCCUGCCCGCGGGCCGCCGAGCGCCGCCGGCGCGGCUCACCCUGGGAAUUCCCCGCUUCCCCUCCCCCGCUCCCCGCGCUCCCCGAAAAGCCAUGCACCCGGCUGGGCGGGGGGGCUGGCACACGAGCCCAUGCACUUCGCCCCCGAUCGCCCCUCCCGGGCGGCGCCCUCACCCCGCGCCCGGGAUCCGGGGCGCCUCCAGCCCCCGGGCAGCUGGCAGCCACCCCCUCCUCGGAAACUUGGGGACAGUCCCCGGAUCUCCCCUCCGCAGAGGGCAGGGUGGGCGCAGCGCCCCCGGCCCGUCCCCGCCUGCACCGGGUCCCCAGGGCCGCGUCAGGCGCCCACUUACCUCGCGGGGCCGGGCCGGGGCGCGCGGGGCCGGGGCCCGGGGUGGGAACUGGGCUCCGGGCCGCUGGCCUCCGGGGUCUGGGCGCUCGCUGGCUCGCUUGCUCGGCUUCCCCUCGCGCUGCGCCUAGCUCCGGCGGCGGCGGCGGCGUCACUGCCCCUACACCCGCCCCCCCGGCCGGCUUGGAGCCUGGAACAGGCUCGGCAGGUCCCCUCUUGCCACGUCUCUGCCCUCCCGUGGGGCUUCGCCCGCUGCGCCGGGGAGCCCGGGCGGUUAGUAGGUUUUGUCAAGUUCACGGGGGGGGUCCGGCCCGCCCCCAGCGCGCCCCCCCCUCCUCUGACCUCUCCGCCCCGCGCCGCGGCGCUGUGCCAGCGGGCGGGGUGCGGGGGGGCGCGGGCUGUGCCCCCGACGCCCGGGGCGUGGCACGGUGGCAGCGGGGGCGGGGAGGGCUGUGCGCACGGCGAGGACGCGCGCGGGCGUGGGGCGCGGUGGGCCAGACCGCGGGGGCUGGGGUUGCGGGCGCGGCGGCCCUCAGUUUCCCCAGCCUCACCGCGGAGCCGGGGCGCGCUAUUGAACGACGGCUUGGCGCGCCGGGGCGCCCUCAAUGCCACAGCCAACCUGCCCUCGCGCGAUUAUAUAAAGGAGUCGCCUCCACCCGCUGCGCCAGGGGCGUAG